AUGACAUUCACUGAUAACUUUCUCACGAUGUGCAAGGCGUUUGGGCUGAGCGCCAUUGACCUGUUCACAUCAACGGAUGUGGUGGAGAAGAAGGGCACCAAACGCGUCUGUGUCUGCAUCCGCGCCCUCGCUCUCAAGCUCAGAGCAGCCGGCAUACUGGCGAUAGACUUUGAGCCGGCGUGUGCAGCGGCAGCAGUGAGUGUGGCGAAGCGCAUGCCAGCAGAGGGCGGCGUGGUGGACCGGGCAGUGAGGGAGUUCAUGGGCCCCAACUACAGGCGCGGGUGGGGUAGGGAGAACGUGCCUGCCAGCCAAUCAGGCUCGGAAAACAGCUUCGAUAUCACUGGUUGGGGCGGCGCUGCAGCUAGCGCUGCUGCUGAUGGUGGCAAUGGAGGUGUUAAUGGUGGCAGUAGCAUCGGUGGUGGUGGUGGCGAUAGUGGUGGUGGUGCUGCUGCUGGUAGCAAGGCAGGGAGCCAAGAAGGGAAGGAGAUGGAGCAUGCGAAGGGCAGAGGAAAGGUGUCAAGCCUCAUCAGCAAAGGCUUUAGCUCUGUCUCGAACGAAGCGGAUUUAAAAGCAAAGAGCGUUUCAGAUGUUCCUCCUGUCUCAAGACUGGACCCUCACAUGGUUUGGCCGCCCCCCUCCGACCGCCUGUCAGCAUCAGCGGAAGCAGCAGGGAGCUUCUAUACCAGCCUGGAUGCUUCUCACGCCAGUCUGGACGCUUCUCGUGAUCAGUCGCUCGAUGCGGUUACCACGUCAGCUGGAACAACCUCCUCGCUCACUGACGUGUCUGCAGGUGUUACAACAGUUUGUCAUACGGAAGGGGAAGAGGAUUUGGAGUCGGAUUUUUCAUCCUGCCCGUCUUCGCCGCGGGGAGCGGCACAUGCCCCGUGGAGAGCUAUUGUUGGAGGGGCGAUAGCGUUUGUGGCUGUGAUGCUGUUGUUCCGACCAUCCAGGAAAAAGUACCAAAUAAAGAAAGGAGACACUCUGAUAAACAUUUCAAAGCAGGCUUCGAGGCGGGCGGGCAGGAAACCCCCUCCACGAUCCACCCAUGGCUGCCGAUCGGCUCCGAGCCACACGUGCUGCUGCGCACGGAGCGCUGCUCGCCCUUCCCCCACACAGCUCCCUUCCUUUCCCCCCUCACAAUUUGCUGCAGGCUUCGAGGCGGGCGGCCAAGAGACCCCCUCCACGGUCCACCCAUGGCUGCCCAUCGGGUCCGAGCCCCACGUGCUGCUGCACACGGAGCGCUGCUCGCCCUUCCCGCGCAACCCCAUCGCCCUGCGCAUCGACAUCCUUUGUGCUCCACCGCCAUCCCCUCAAGCAAUCAGAGCCGUGGCUCAAGCACCGAGCGCGGUCGAGCAGCACUUGGGGAGUCUCCCCUUGCAACGAGAGGAGAGCCACCGUGAGCAGGCUGUGCGCUCAGAGCGACCCCUGGGACGGGGGGCAGCUGUCCGCCGGCUCUCUGCUGCACGUGGGCUGACCCAAGGGGAGGGAGUGCACGGGCGUGUGGUGGAAUCCCCUCCUUCGCCUGGGGGUGCUGCUGGGGUGGGCGUGUGGGCGGCUGUGAGGCAGUGGCUAGGGGGUUGGCUGGGGGUGAGCCUGGCAGAUGGAGAUUCCCGGGGAGAACCUGCAGGGCGUUACGCUGGUGGUGAUGGGAGAGGGGUUGUGCGUGUUGCUGUGAGGCAGUGGCUGGGCGCGCUGCUGGGGCUGAGGCUGGCAGAUGGAGAGUCACUGGGAGAACCGGCAGGGCGUUACGCUGGUGGUGGUGGUAACAGGGCGGAGGGACACGGAGAGGAGUGGGAGGAUGCAAGGGGAGGAGAGGAGCGAGAGGAGGGAGGGGAAGGAGAGGAGUGGUGGGUGUGUGAAGAUGGAGUGGGGGUGCUGAAUCCCGGCUACUGGGGCAUGAACAUAGUGCAAGGCCGUGCACACAACAUCAUCCUGCAUGCGCGUGCCACGGCCCCCCUCUCCCUCCGCCUCUCCUUCCUCUGCUCGCCCACCCUCCCUCCCCCUCGCCCCCUCUCUUCCGUCGUCACCGUUGGGUCAGCCCAUAUCAGGUACGCUGCUUUCAGGUCCAGUCGUCUCGAACUCAAUCCCUCUCCUUUUCCCACUCUCUUCCGUCCCCACCAUUGGCUCAACCAAUAUCAGCCCCUCUGCAUGCUAAGCCAGCCCAAGUUUGGAGACGCCUCAGAGCUCCCCUCCCUCCCUCCCUUCAGUUCCCUCCGCUGGCUUAGCCCAUAUUCGGAAAAACACCACGCCACGCUACGACACAACAUCAUCCUGCACGCGCAUGCCACGGCCCCCCUCUCCCUCCGCCUCUCCUUCCUCUGCUCGCCUGCCCUCCUGCCCCCUCGCCCCCUCUCCUCAGUCCUUUCCAUUGGCCUCAACCAAUCCAUGGCUGCCACGUGGCACCGCUAUGAGGCCACCAUCACUGCCACCGGCACGUGCCACAACGCCUCGCUGGCCAUCACCACUGGCAGCAUGACACGUGGCACUCUGUGGUUGGACCAGAUUUCAGCCAUGCCUGCUGAGACAUUCAAGGGUCACGGCAUGCGGGCAGACAUAGCAGCCAUGCUUGAAGGUCUCUCCCCCGGAUUCAUGCGCUUCCCCGGCGGCUGCUAUGUGGAGGGCGUGCGUCUCGCCAACGCCUUCCGCUGGCGCUCCACCAUCGGCCCUUGGGAACUUCGCGCGGGCCACUUCAACGACAGGUGGGGGUAUUGGUCGGACGACGGGUUGGGGUUCUUUGAGUAUCUUCAGUUUGCGGAGGACCUUGGCGCCACACCCAUCUGGGUGUUCAACAGCGGCAACAGCCACACGGACAGUGUCUACACAGGCGCCCUCGCUCCCUUCAUUCAGGAGGUGCUUGAUGGAAUCGAGUUCGCACGAGGGCCGUCGGAUUCAUGGUGGGGAGCGGAGAGGGCGGCCAUGGGCCAUCCUGAGCCGUUUGAUCUGCGGCACGUGGGCAUUGGGAAUGAGAACUGCUACCAGGACAACUACCGAGGUCUGACAGUUUGCAUAAUGAGGCAACUUCCUUCGGUUCCGGGCGGCGAUCAAGGUGGCAUAUCCAGACAUGGCAGUGGUGGUGAUGGUGGUGGUGCGCGCAUCGCUAGGGGAGGGGAUGUGCGCAUUGGAAGCCGCUUUGAAGCAUCAGCUGCAGCCAACUUCCAGCCAUCCGCAGUGACCCUACGAGUGGACCUGCAGGGAGCAGCUGUCUCAGCUGUCUCGGGCGCAGUGCUGCUCACUCGCCUCUCCAGCCCCUCAGGGAACCCUGACGACGAAAACUCACUCAACUACCCAGUUAAGGUUUUUCCCAUUCUGGAUGUCCAGAAUUCUACCGCACUAACAUUUUCGGUACAGCCGAUGUCAGCGGUUACCGUUGAGAUCCCUAUUAUGGACCUCUAG